GAGCCGUGCGCUUAGCAUCGGAGCUGUAUGUGUGUUGGCUUGUUGGUUUGUUGUUCGGGGCGUCUUUGAAAGAUGCGAUAGGCUAUCCAAGUUCGUUGGACAGCAAGCUGGGUGCCGAUUUGCUUCUCAUCGAUGUAUUAGCCGUGCGGUGCCGGCGCAUUAGUCAAUUUCCGCGUUUCGAGGCACACUGCGCCUUCGACUAGUCCCGCGGUGCCAACGUAGCUUUACUUCAACGUACAGGUGCAGGUACCACGAUGAAAGCAGCCCGGACGGACACGUUGACCUCGCAACAGGCACCAAUCGAGUUGUACAGCGAGGACUCAGGCUCAUGGAUGAUUACGGACUCCCCACAGGACGAGUCUCCCUUCCCCAUGGUAUACGAGGACCAAAAGAUGCGGUAUGUGUACGACGAUUACAUCGAAGGAGGUGCCCUUCGAAGUGGUAGCACACCGAAACUUUUCUCGCGGCAAUACUUUGGUCUCGUUGCGCAGUAUGCAGGUGUUGGAUUCAUUGACGGUGUGCUACCCAACGUCAUCUACCCGUUCUUGCAGAACUACCUCAAUUUACCUGGAUCGCAGACUACCACAGCGUUCGUGCUCGUACAGAUGCCAUGGAGUUUCAAAGUGUUCUAUGGCAUUAUUUCCGACUGCUUCCCCAUCUGGGGCUACCGUCGUCGGCCUUACAUCCUUGGUGGUUGGAUCUUUGCUCUUAUCAUGCUUUUGAUGCUGUCCUUCACACCGGACAGCAAGCCGUAUUUCACGAAUCCAGACUACCGAGACGUGAAGCCCGAGGACUACACGCCCGAGAUUAUUGCGACGAUCAACUACGACGCGGUCAAUGACGGUAGCGUUUAUAUUAUCCCGAUGAUGGGAUGUGCGUUCGGAUACUUGCUGUCGGACGUGUGUGCCGAUGGAAUCGUGGUGGAGCUGGCGCAGCGCGAGCCUUACGAAGUGAGAGGCAAUACCCAAACGGUGAUCUACACUACGCGGACAGUGUUCAAUAUGCUGGCGUAUAUCCUCUUGGGCUUCUGCUUCAAUGGCGAGGAAUACGGCGGCGACUUUGACUUCUCGCUAUCGUUCCCCAUGCUCAUGCUGAUCGUGACUAUUGUGCUUGCACCGAUCGUGCCGGUUACCUGGUUCUUCCUUCACGAAGAGAAGAACGCUUUCGCUAUGAACUUCAACCACUACAUGCAUACACUUUGGGACAUUAUCAAGACACGUGCUGUGUACCAGUACAUCGCUUACCAGUUCUUCUCGGGCAUCUUCGCGUCUUUCACGUACCUGUCCAAGAACCCGAUCAUGAGGAACUGGGCAGACGUCUCGCCCAUUCAGGAAAAAGUGGGUGGACUCUUGUCGACCGGCGUGUAUGCUACCUCGAUUUAUUUCGCUGGCAACUAUGGACGCAGUUGGGACUGGCGGCGCACGGCAGCGGUGACUAUGGUCUGCUACGUCUCGCUGGAUGCGUUUGUGAAGCUGUUGACUAUCUGGAAUAUCAUCCGCUCGCCAUACUUCUGGCUUGGAAUUCCCAUUUUGGAACAGAUUCCGCUCGGUGUGAUCUUUAUCGUGAGUUCUUUCAUCAUUGUGGAGCUUGCAACUGAGGGGCACGAAGGCGCCAUAAGGAGCAAACUCGCGCCAUGA